AUGCCAAAUGAGUUCCCGGAUUUUGUUUUAUGGAGCGGAGACAAUGGACCACAUAUCAAUGGCUUAUCAAAGAACGAGCUUUUAACCGGGCUUCGGUUAAUAAGCGGUCAAUUCCAGCGUGUGUUCCCACUCGAUAAAGUCUACAUCCUCCCUGCCAUUGGGAAUCACGACGUAGUGCCGUCCAAUAGCAUGCGACCAGCACCCUCCGAUUCCAAACGUUUGGCCUGGUGCCACCAGCUAGCCUCGGAUACUAGCUUAUGGGGUCCAUGGAUUCAACCGAGUAAUGGUAAUCAAACGGCUCAUACACCGGCCACUGGACGUUCUUCGAUAUUGGGUGCUCCACCGUUUGCAAAUUUUUCCAAAGGCUGUUUCUAUUCUCAUCUGCUCCACUUGCCUGGAUCCGAUUUGCUCUUGAUCAGUCUCAACGGGCUUGUCUGGUACACUGGCAAUCCACAUGCUGACGACUCAUUGCCGGAUCCACUCGAUCAAUUCAGGUGGCUUGAGCAGUCUUUUCAGUGGGCUCGCGAAGCCGGUAUCAAAGUACUCCUUGUGAGUCACUUUCCUCCGGGUGCCAGUGAGAACGCCCCUACGUACGUCAGACAUCUUCGACCACGAUACAACAAACACCUUGUGCAAUUGCUGCGAAAGUAUUCCGACGUUCUCAUGGCCGGUCUUUUUGCUCAUACGCAUGUGGACUCGUUCCGCGUUCUUUCAGACGAGGGAGCUAAAUGUGCUCGUUCACUUCAUCUUUCUUCUGAGCUCUUUCAUGGGAAUAUUUUGUCAACUGAAGUGUUCCAAGAAUUCCGAUAUGCACGUCUGUCCGUAGCCAAUGUAGUGCUCAUUAGACGUUUGACCUGA